AUGGGAGAAACACGUGACAGGGAGGGUGGGGAACUGGAGGCGCAAGAGUGGGUGCAGGCGAGUAGCGAGGAGGGGGGGUCUGAUGAGUGCGAGGAGGGCGUGAAUGACAAGGCAGCGACGCGACGGCGGAGAAUAGCCGCGGGUACCGCGUCCAGGAGGAGUGGGACCGCGAAGAGAUUAAAGGCGGAGUCAGGGAGGGGGAGCGGGAGAAAGACAUCCAAGGAGGAUUUGGAGAUUAAGUACGGGUUCAGUGACGCGGAGGUCGUCGCGGCGCGAUUCGCAUUGAUGGAAUGGUACGACGCGAAUAAGCGUGACCUGCCGUGGCGAGCGGCCGCAGUGAGCGAGCGGGCGGAGCAGAUGGAAGAGGGGAGCAACGAUAUCAAGGAGGCGCGGGAGGCAGGGAGGAAGGAGCGCGGGGAGCAGGGUGCGCAGGAGGCGGGGGAGGCGCGGGAGGCGCGGGAGGCGCGGGAGGAGCGGGAGGAGCGAAGGGCGUACGGCGUGUGGGUGAGCGAGGUGAUGCUGCAGCAGACGCGCGUGGGUGUGGUGGAGCCCUACUUCCGCCGCUGGCUGGCGCGCUGGCCCUCCCUGCCCUCCCUCGCCUCCGCCUCCCUCGAGGAGGUGAACAGCAUGUGGGCCGGCUUGGGCUACUACCGCCGCGCCAAGUACCUGCUGCAGGGAGCGCAGCACAUACAGCAGCAGCACGGGGGGCGCAUGCCGCGCACGGCCAGGGAGCUGCAGGCAGUGCCGGGCAUCGGCCCUUACACCGCCGCUGCCGUCUCCUCCAUCGCCUUCCGCCAGCCAGUGGCAGCGGUGGAUGGCAAUGUGAUGCGCAUCAUGGCGCGCCUGAGAGCCGUGCCACUGCCCAUGCAUGAGAGCGCCGCCACCUCCCUCUUCUCCCACCUCGCCUCGCAACUGCUGCACCGCGCCCGCCCCGGGGACUUCAACCAGGCGCUGAUGGAUCUGGGCUCCCUCGUGUGCGCGCCCUCCUCCCCCUCUUGCUCCUCCUGCCCCCUCUCGCCCCACUGCCGUGCCCUCGCACUGCAGCAGCAGGGGGCAUGCAGGGGGGAGGGGAGUGAGGGACGAGAGGGCCAGGGGUUAGUGAGAGUGACGGACUUUCCUGUGCGCAAGGCCAAGGCAGCUCCCAGGGAGGAGUGGGUGGCCGUGUGUGUGGUGGAGAGGAGAGGUGCGGGGGCACCAGCACUAGCAGCAUGGCAAGCAUCAGAGGCAUCAGCAGGUGUCUCGGCCAGAAAAGGCAGGCGCGCACACGGCACCUCCAGCGGCAACCAGGCUAGUAGUGAAGAACCUUCUCAGUACCUUCUGGUGCAGCGCCCGCCUACCGGGCUGCUGGCAGGGCUGUGGGAGUUUCCCUCUCUGGUUGUGGCCUCGGGCACAGGCAGGCCAGCAGAGGCGCAAAGGAGGCGGGCUGUGAAGCAGCUGCUGGGUCAGAUGCUUCCUUGUGUGACUAUAGAGGGGUCUGGACAGCUUAGCUCGGAGGGGAUAAUGCUGCAGGAGGGGGAGAAUAAAGUGGAGGGGAGCAAGUGGCGGGUGAUAGAGAAGCAUGACGUGGGCGAGACUUUGCAUAUCUUCUCCCACAUACACCAGCAUAUGCUCGUCGAGAGAAUUGUGAUUGUAGAAGGAGAGAAGGCAGGAGAUCCGGUUAUCUUGGAGUGCAACACAGGAAAUGCAGUGGCCAGAUUGAAAGGGAAGCAAGCUGCCAAAUCCUCUCUUUUCCACUCGCAUCGGCUGUCUGCGCCGAUUACCAGCCAUUCGCCGUUAUUCGCGCACUCCGCCAUGGCGCCCAGUUUCGGCCGUCCCUGGUUCGCCAUUUUCAACACGAAUCCCGUGCAGGCCAAAGAAGAGAAGGCCCCGAUGCCGCCGUCGAUCGAUUUUCAGCCGUCGAUUCGCGUGAGCCAGUUCGGCGGGAAGAGCCAGCGGCAGCUCGCAGGGGUCUCCAGCAGCCCGCUCGUGCAGGACCACGUCGCCGCCGUCGCAAUGCGUGCCCGCCUCGAGAUGCGCAAGGGACUGCCGCAGAGCACCGUGCGCCUCCUCGAUCCUCCGACGAUGUCGCUGUCAAGCUCCGCCCCCCGAACCAGUCUUCCGCCGGCGGCUUCCGCCACACUAACCCCCCCGCUCAGCGCCAACACUGAAGCCGUUUCCGGAAAGUCAAGCGCUACCAGUCAAAAUGCUUCCGCCAUUUCACCGGAACCUGUUGGGAUGAGAAAAAAUCCUUCCGCCAACCCUCCGCCGCUAACAAUUCCCCCGCUCGCGCCGAGCCUAUCCGCGCCCUUCACCCCCCACGGCUCGACCGCCAUGCAGCCGCCCCACACGCCUGGAUCGACGGUGGCAGCUCAGGCAACCGCAAUCGCGCCAAUGACGGCAGAAUCAGAUCUGGUGGCGGCGCCGCUCAAGGUGGCGGCGCAGUGGAGCCGAGAGGAGUGGCUGCUCGUGGUCCGCGCCGUGGAGGGCGGCGCGACAAGGUGCUUGAAAUGCCCGAAGCAGUCCGAUUCCAUGGCCGCCGCAACACACGGCGCCAUCCAUCUCAUCCAAAGCCUUAAAACGACAACUGCCGCUUCGACGCCAGGUGUGAACCCGGCCUCGAAUCCAGGCUCGGCGAAAGGCUCGGGAUCCGGUCCGGAGCAGUUUUCAUGCCCUGCCGCUCCCGCGGCAGUCGUCCCGAGAGUGGAGAUUCCCUCCUCGCCGUCGCGGCGUAAUCUGUUCUACACCACGUCAUCAGGGUCAUCUGAUGACACCACAUUCGUCGAUGAUUCCGCCACGCUGGCGAGUCGAACCUCGACCGGCUCCGCGUCGAAUUCCGACGACGACAACACCGUCAACGUCGCGACGCGAUACGGCAGCUACAGCAGUUUCAACAAUAGCAGCAUCAAGGGCGCUACGGCAGCUCAGGCGCUGUCCACGUUGAUGCUUCCGAGCCCCUCCGGUUGCCCCCGCACGCCCUUCUCGCAUCUCACGCCCCCGUCGCCCGCGAACCAGCUAGCCGUCUCUUCCCGCGGCCUGCCGGCAGGCAGCAUGAUCUUGCCCAGCCGAGCUGACGCGUCGGAGGAGCUCCCAGCGUGUCCGUUCCUCAGCCACUCCGCGCGCUACAGCAGCUACGAGACAAAAGACGCCGGCCGCGCGGCCGAGCCUCCCUCACUGGCAGUCCCGCGGACAAUGCCGUUCGGCGACAUGACGACGCGCCGCAGCGCCGACGCGUCUCUCCCAGUGCGAUCCGCGACGGCGGGCUCGGUGAGCGCAGCCGGCGCACGCGGAACGCUAAGCGGAGCGAGCAUGGGGAUGAGCGCGAGCGGCGUGCAGGUGGACGCGAUGAACCGCAAGCUGCUGACGGUGAUCACCAAAACGCACGAGAUCUUCUCGCGCGAUCUCACUCCCAACGGCUCGCAGGUCGCCGAUUACCUCCUCUCGCAGCUGCUCGAGCUCACGCAGUCCGAGUCGGGCUUCAUCGCCAGCGCGCUGAAGCGCGCCGAUGGGUCGCUGUACCUCAAGACGCACUCGAUCACAAACCUCGCGUGGAACCGCGACCUGCGCGCGUGGUACACGGAAAACGCGCCGAAAGGGCUCGUGUUCGGCAAUCUCAAGACCAUCUUCGGCCGCGUCGUGACGUCCGCUGACGUGGUCAUCAGCAACGACGUGCCCAACGAUCCGCGCGCGUCGGGACAAGGCGUGCCGCCCGGGCACCCGGUGAUGCGUAGCUUCCUGGGCGUUCCCUUGUUUUCCGGGCCAGACCUGGUGGGAAUCUACGCGGUGUCGAACCGCGAAGGGGGCUAUAACGAGGGGCUGCUGAUGAGCAUCCAGCCCGUGACUAAAACGGUGGCGCAGGUGGUGGUGGGCGUGCAGCAGCGGCGCAAGAAGUGGGAGGCGGAGGAGCGACUCAACGACAUGCUCGAGGCGACACAGCAUGCAAUGGUGGCGGUGUCGGCGGACGGCAAGCUCACGUGCGCCAACCGUGCAGCACGCAUGCUCUUUGCCCUGGAGAGCAGCACGGAGGGCGACGGCGAUGGGACAGGUGGCAAGCUGCCAUUGGGGCUGACUCUUGCGGAUGUGUUGGUCAGCAUCGAUGGCAAUGAUGACUACAUGCAGCGAGGUAGGUUUGCUGCCCAUUCCAGCUGUGCAGCACGCCCCUCCCUCUUCUGCCAACGCCCCCCCUCUCUUGCCCCGACACAACCCCCUCUUGCUCUAACACUGUGUGCUCCAAGUGCCCUCCUGUGCUUCUUGUCUGUGACCGCUCUUGUACUUCCCAAUGCCCUUGGCCAAUCACUCUGCUUCACCUCAUUCCACCCUGGGUUAUCAACUGCAGGCCUGGAUGCUUUCGCUGAGGAGUCACUUUAUGAGUGGUCGGCCAAGGGACGGCAGCACCGGCCGCACGGUGAAGAGGAUGAAGGCGGUGAAGAGGAUGAAGGCGCGACCGAAGCAGCUGGUAGCAUGGCCUUAAGAAUCACCGUGGCACGUGGCUCAUCCAGUGACGUGAAAUUCGUGGUCACUGCCAGGGAGGCUGAUGCAGGGCACGGGAGACACGCAGGGGAGGAGGCUGGUGGUGGCAGAAACGAGUCGCAGCACAGUCGUGAGGGGCAUGAGGUGGUGCAUGUUGAUGAGCAAUUGGCCCCACGGUACUACGACGAGCGGCUUACAGUUGCAUCUGCGGACAUGAUCGCCCGUCGAAAGCUGAAGUCGCACAAAAAGAGCAAGAAGGACAAGAGCGAGGACAAGAGCGAGGACAAGAGCGACAAGAGCAGCAAGAGCGAUAAGAGCAGCAAGAAGAGCAGCAGUAAGAGCGUCAAGAGCGCCAAGAGCGUCGAGAGCAGCAAGAGCGACAAGACCAGCAAGUCAAGCAAGAGCAGCGACACGUCUAGCGGCGGGAGCGGAAAGUCCGUUAAAAACUGCAAGAAGUGCCGUUUGGGUAUUGCGGAAGCGGCGGGGGCGGGAAAGCAUAAGUCGGGCGUGUGGACGACGAACCCCGUGGACAAGUGCUGGUGGUCCGCGGACUGGAAGACCAACCGCCAGGAGCUCGGCAAUUGCGCUCCGGGAUUCGCCACAGGCACGACGGGCGGAAAGGGCGGAAAGCUGUACGUCGUGACGACGGAGGCGGACGACCCGGUGAACCCGAAGGAGGGCAUGCUGCGAUACGGCAUCAUCCAGGAGGAGCCGCUGUGGAUCGUGUUUGAGCGCGACAUGGUGUUCGACAAGCUCAAGGCGGAGAUGAUGAUCGCCAGCGACAAGACCAUCGACGCGCGCGGCCGCGCCGUCGUCAUUCAGAACGGCCCGUGCGCGCGCGUGGAGCGGGCUACCAACGUGAUCAUCGAGUCCGUCAUUUUCCGCAACUGCACCAUGCGCAGCGGCACAAUUAAGGUGCGGUCCGCGAGGGGCGUGGAGGUGAAGGAUUGGCGCGACGGCAACGCGGUGGAGGUGUGGGGGUCGACCAAGGUGUGGAUCGACCACUGCGGGUUCGAGAAGGCGCUCGAUACGCAAGUCAACAUCGUCGUGGGGUCGACGAACGUGGCGGUUACCAACAACUAUUUCGUGAACCAGGACGAAGUGAUGCUCAUGGGCAACGACGACUCGGAGACGGGAGACGACAACAUGCGCGUCACCGUCGGGCUCAACGUGUUCGGCCCCAACUGCAACCAGCGCAUGCCCCGCGGCCGGCACGGGCAGUUCCACGUGGUCAACAACUACUAUCCCAACGGCUGGGGCAUCUACGCCAUCGGCGGCUCCGCUAACGCGCGCUUCCGCAGCGAGGCGAAUUACUUCGUGGCGGGGGACGUGAAGGAGGUGACUAAGCGGCAGGACACGCACGGGUGGGCGGCGAAGCAGAUCAGCGACAAGACGUGGACUAAGAUCAAGGUGUCGAGCGUGGGCUGGCAGAACUGGCCGUGGCAGUCCAUCGGAGAUCACUUCGAGAACGGCGCCUUCUUCACCGAGUCGGGCAAAAAUGUCUUCGAGCCGCCCUACGUCUUUAAUGCCGUGCCCGCUAAGGACGUUCCCGUCGCUACCAACAGGGCCGGGCCGCUGUUCCGGCGGUAUCAGAAGCAGAUGUGA